GAAAACUUUAAAAACUCGCUGGCCACGGGGCGGUAAACUUAUUUCCGAUCUGAGCUUGGAGCUGAACACAACUCAACCCAUCCGGACUAAAUCACCAGUAGCAAUGGCCAUGAAGUGCACUUUGCUAACCACCUUGCUGGCGACCCUGGCGGUUUCCUCCUUGGCCGCGCCCUUCGAUUUGGGUGAUCUCUUCUCGGGCUUCCAGCCGUUGGAGAAACAGGAAGUGGUCAAGCGGCAGGUGCAGGCCAAUCCCGAUGCCGAGCUGAAGCAGAUCUCGUUCCACGGCCUGAUCGGAGAUCUGGAGGACAGUCUGUUCCAGUCCGCGUUGAGCCUCCACCAGGCCAGUGCCCCAGGAAGCGAGGUGGAGGAGGUGAAGCCCGAAGCCGCGGCUCAGGUCACAGAGGAUGAGGAGCACGCGCUGACCAAGCGAUCGGAUGAGUCCACGCCGGCCCCAGAUGUGGAUGCCUCGUCGACGGACGACGGCUUGGCCCGCAAGAUUCUGCUUCAGACCACCAGGAAGGUGCCGAAUAGUGAGGAUGGUGUGCCCGCCCACCUGAUCAUCGACCAUGUGUCCGUUCAGCCACACAAUGGUGGUGCUCUGCCGCUGAUUCCCACCUUCCAGGUGCACCACACCAAGCUGAUCUCGGCCACCAUCAAGGAGGACUCGAAUAACGACAGCAGCGAUGGCAAGCAGACCAAGAUUAGCAUUACCAAGACCUCGAUCACGUCCACGGCUCCCAUCGAGAGUGUGGAGGAGGCGGUGGCCAUUGCCGCAUCCGCUUCCACAGCGAGUACCACGGAGGAGCCCUCCACAAAGGUGGAGACCACCACUAAGGCUGCAGAAAAAGAGGACGUGGACAAGAGCUCCACCACCAUCUUGACCAUUGUGAGCAGCUCCACCUCGGCAACCACUUCCACCACCACCGAGGAGCCCAUCCAGAAGCUAAAGAAGGACGAGGAGAAGCUCAAGGAGAAGGUGGCCGAGGUGGAGGCCGAUCCCGUCAUCCUAUCGGCUCGCGUUUAAGCCAGUCGACCCUGUGAACCCACUAGUUGUAGUCCAUCUUCGCCCCUCAUCCCCCUCUACUCACAUAUUUAUGACACGCCAAGUUCAAUUAAAGUCAUGUGAUCCGA